UGCGUGUGGGCUCUUUAGGUGAUCGCUGCAGCUGGUUGUGAGCUGGUUGUGGGUUAGCAGGGAUGAAGAGGAGGGAGGAGGGGAGGCGGCAGGCAGGCAGGCGCUGACACAGCUCUGGUUGUGGUGGUGGUGGGGGGGGACCGCAGAGGAGGGAAUGGGAGCAUGAGGGGGCGUGACCUCAAACACACUGAUCUGCUUCCUCUCCAUAAACUGCCACACACAUGCACACAUGCACGCACACAUACAUAUGCACACAUGCACGCGCACAUACAUACACACACACAGCACACACACAACACAGAGCUAUUGCAUGUGCUCUGGCCAGAAAGGGCUUGGGCUGUGACUCCAACCUCACCCAACAUAAAUGCUAUUCUAAGUGGCCCUCAUACACAAGUGUCUCCUCUUGCUAUGGUUCCAUGGUUUUCUUUCUUCUAAUAACUCUGAAAACAUUGAAAAAACUUGGAGCUUGUCCAGUCAUGUUUGGUUCAGUGAGUUGGACAUUGUUCUUGGCCCAUAUGUGUGUUCUGCUCUAGAAGUGCAUAAAGAGCAGUAGCCUCACUCUUGGCAUUCAAAUGGGUUAUCUUGGCAGCAGUUCUGUCAAGACAUCUUGUCUUUGCAGGGAUUGCUCCGUCUUCGUUGUUUUACUUAAUACCUGUCCAAUCAAUCAAGUCUCUCUUUGUCUUUCACUAUUAUGUAUAUUGAAGCCAUAAUGAGCCUCUUUGGGGACUAAGUCCUUUACCUAAUUGGCAGUGGCCACAGUAAGCAGUGGGCUAAUUGUAGGUUACUUGCUCCUUUUUCCGUGACCUUGUUUGCCCUAACCAGAGUCCUGGGUAGACCUGGGUCUCAUGCGUGUGGCAGCUGGGGGAGGAAAGGGCAAGUGAGAGUGUGUGAGUGAGUGCAGUGACAGUGUGCACGUAAGUGCGUGCGCAGGACUAAUCCUUGGCCAAGAUCUUUCGCAUGAGAGGGAAAACGAGCUCUUGGAAGACACAGUGCAUGCAUGCUAGAACAGACCCACAUUUAAUGUGCUGCAUAGGGCCAGAUCCAGACUGCCUGCCUGCCUGCCUGCCUGCCUGCCCUCAUUCACACAUACCCUCAAGAGUAGUGAGUGGGAAGGGCAGUGCAUUCUCUCUUACAUUUUUUUCCACUUUCUCAGUGGGAGGAAAACCUGUUGGUAAAUCUGCUUUGCUGAAAAAUCUUGCUGUAUUGUAUUGUAUUAUUUAUGUCUGUGGUUUAUUUCUUUCUAUAUCAAUUUCAGUAAUUUGUUUUAUGGUGAAAAAAGUUUGAGACGGGCUCAGAGAGCAAGCAUUAUUAGCAUUUGUGGGUACCCAAUUUAUUUUGUCAUCAAAUUAAAUUCAUCCAAUUGCAAGGGAGAAAACCAUGCCUUGCAAUAAACUGAAAUAAUGCAAUAAUUGCAGGAAUGUUUGGCAGUUUAAUGCCUUGGAUGAGAAAUGCUGCCUUGUCAUUCCCCAGGGUUUUUCAUGCUCAAUUGUUUUGUAUUUCAUUGUAGGUUCUUCUGUGGGUGAGCCCGUGGUCAGAAGGUUAGGCUGUGGACGAGUAUCCUCGCAGGCAUCCAUCCUCCAAGCCUUGGGGCAGACUGAGCGCACGGCGGCGGCUGCCAUGGAGUUCCCCGGGGGAGGCUCCGACACGCCCCGGUUCAAUCCUCUCAAACCCACAUGAACGUCCCUCUUCAGUGGACACACACAGCCAUGACGCACACACGCUCGUCUGGUUAAUCUGGGAAGACAUCUGAUGCAUGCAUGCUCCCUUUGUUCCUCUUCAAGACUGGAUGAAAAGACAUCUCCAUCAUAAUAUUUUGUAUCUUUUGUAACUUUUUAAGAUCACUGAUUCUUAUCUUAAAAAGAGGACGAAGAAGAGGGGAAGCCUUUUUUUUCUUUUUUUUUUUUUUUUUAAAUGUAAUUGAUCUGUCGUGGUGGCGAACCGUAUACGAGCCUAUAGUGUUGAACAUGACUCAUGGGGAGGAACCUGGCCCUGAAACGCACCAAGAUUCUGCUGUUCUGACUUAUCUUGAAGGCCUCCUAAUGCAUCGGGUCACCGGAGGGCAGGGUGCCACAGCUACACAGAGAUGCCAGGCAGGGCAGGGCAACCAGGAGCAAGGCAACAGCAAAGCCUCUACACCGAGCCAAGGGCAGCCUAACCAUGCCCCUCCACCUCCACCGCCACAAGGCCCAGACCCGGAGAGGAUGGCACCCCACAGCGGGCUCACGCAGCACCUCAAGAAGGCCCGGCUGCUGAGGUCUGAGGCCUGGACGGAGCACGAGAGCAGAAAGAGGCCGACGCCACCUGCAGAGUUGAAUGGCCAGAGACCCGGAGACCCCGAGGAGCACGCCGCUGCCCUUAACGGCUCUUCUAAGUGCAAAGGCGAGAGUACCCUGCUUGCUUCCCUGCUGCAGUCCUUCAGCUCAAGACUCCAGAACGUGGCGCUGUCACAGCAGCUUGUUCAAAGCCUGAAGCAUCACCAGGAGCAGCAGCAGCAGCAGCAGGACGGCAGCAGCCAUAUCAACAAGAGCCAACAGGAGGGCGAGAAAGAAGCUGGACCAUGCCGAGAAUCCGCCACCAAUCGCCUCAAAGGUUUGAUAAAGAAGAGCAAAGCCCAGAACCAGAGCAACAGUGUGCCUUACCAGCGCCGACGCACCAGCCAAGAGAGGCAAAGUGAGUCUCCAAAAGGAUUGCAGAAGAACGGCCAGUCCUCCUCCACUGAGUCGCUGUCCUGUGCCCAGCGGCUGAAAGCGGUGGCUAACCUGGUGAACAUCAGGUCCAGUCCCGCCCCGUCCCCCCGCCCCAGCGUGGCAUGCAGUCAGCUGGCUCUCCUCCUGUCCAGUGAGGCUCACUUGCAGCAGUACUCUCGUGAGCAGGCCCUCAAAGCACAGCUCGCCGGGCGCUCCGCGAGCGAAAGGCUGGCAGCCAUGGCCACACAAACGCAGGACACAAAACCCAUGACCACAUCAGACACUCUAAGCUCCUUACAUGCCAAAAACGGAUCUGCCCCCCAAAUGGCAUUAGCCUCCAGCAGGCAGAGUCUGAGCGGGACUCCCCCAGGGCACGGCAGGACAGGGAGCUCCCCUCGUCCGCUGCUUCCUUUCCGAGAGCGGCGGCCCUUUGAGAGGCCUUUUGCCAGCAGGCCAUCUCAAAAUUGCAGCAGUUUACUCUUACAGCUGUUGAACAACCACAACACGCAGCAUCAGCUCAACAGUCAGGGCCACCUGCGCGGUGACUUCAGCAGCACAUCUACCCGAGGCUCGCCUGUGCUCUCCGACGGGGGCCACUCCACCCCUGACAGCAGCUUCCCCAAAGACAGUAGUGAUGCAGAGAGCUGUAGCUCCAGCUGCUCCCCAAUAGAUCUCUCUCUGAAGAGCAGGAGGGUCAGUGCCCCACCUCCCAUCUCCUCCCCUUCCUCUUCCUCCUCCACCUCCUCCUCUCCGGCUUUAGACAGAAUUACAGAAUCUCUGAUAAACAAGUGGAAGCCCGACCCUCUGCCCUCGACGGUUCGCAGCAAGGAGAGGGAGCUUGAAAGCAACCCUGAAAUGAAGCCCCAUCACAAGGUUACACUUUUGCAGUUGCUGCUAGAUCAUAAAAAUAACGAGAAUGUAAACAAAAGUCUGGAUAAUCCAGAUUUGCACCCAGUCAUAAUCCCCAAGGUUAGUGGGGCGCCUGUGGCUAGACAGACUGUAGUUAAUAGGUGUGAGGAAAUAAGGACUCUCAGCCCUCAAUGUGGACUUGUUAGCAAAAGCCCCCUGAUCUUACCCGCUUUGUCAUAUGGCAAAGACACCAGCAGUGCAUCCUCUCCUUACAGUUUAUACGACUCUUCUCAUUCACAGUCCAUUCCCUUAGAUCUGUGUAAAAACAAAUCCUUCCCAAGUGAGCCAAGCGCCACAGAGCCCGCUUUCAGUGCCAGUAAAUUACUGCAGAAUUUAGCCCAGUCUGGGAAAGCAUGUGUGAGCUCACCCCCGCCACUCAAGACCUCCAUGCCCUCUGUCCAGAGGCCCCCCCCUCAGGAAAUGAAGCUUGAUCAUAGUGUGACUUUACUGGAAAAACUCACAGCUCCAGUUCAGCAGAGCCCCUCACCUAGAUCAGAAGGGACCUACGUGAUACCCUCACGACGGCCAGAGUCCUCGCAGUCUGCUUCUGAAAUUGAGAACCUUCUGGAAAGACGUACUGUACUACAGCUUCUUCUGGGAAAUGGCACCAGCAGCAAAGACAAAGUGGGAGGCAAGAGGAAAAGAGAGGCAGUACGGGGCAACUGCCAAGACAGGCAGUCCAGCCACUGUGAGAGUCUGGGUUCAGUACGGGGCAACUGCCAAGACAGGCAGUCCAGCCACUGUGAGAGCCUGGGAGCCUCCAGAAGCCCUGUAAAAGAUGUUCGAGUGAAGACAGAGCCCAGAGGGGAGCAUCACGGGACUGACCAUGACAGGGAGGUCAAACAGAGCCAGACUAUGAUGUCAGACUCCAGCAGAAGCAGUCCUCUCAGUGUUCCCUAUGUGAGAGUCAUUAAGCAGGAACCCAUGUCCCCAGAGACCGUCCCUAGAGAUGGCCUCCUCAGCCAUCUCCUAAAGCAGCCCAGGGCUGUCCUCUUCAGCACCCCAGACAACUCUCAGAAGGUCUCCGUCAAGGAGGAACAGCAGGAGCACCCAGGGCCAACCAUCCCUAAGAAGCGGAAAUAUUCCAUGGAGCCAAAAGCACACCCCACAGGGAGUGAGACUUGUGUGAGUCCUGACAACCUUGACACUCAGAUGGUCAACAACAAUGGCGGCAGUGGCGCCUGCUCUGCCUCUGGGUUGCCUGGCAGUCCAGAGGUCAAAGGUCCUCGAAGCCCUCCCGUAGCAGACAGCCCACCGGUGAAGUGCCCUGUCAGUGAGUCUCCUCCAAGUGACAGCCGUGGCUUUAAUGUGCUGAAGCAACUCCUGCUCUCUAACAACUGUCUGAGGGAGCGCUCUCAGCCGGGAGGCCCCACAGGCUCUCCCAAGCACAGCUACGUGCUCAACGGCAGCAGGGUCCCUCAGCCUUCUGGACACAGUGCUGAAGCUGCUGGCCAGAGCCGUAGUCCUGUCCCACUGCAUGGUCCAGCUGACCCAAGGUCACUAAAUGCUGGGUUUAUGAGCCAUAGUGCUCCUGGAUCACCUUGGGGCAUUCAGGGGACACCACAGUCUCCAAAACCAAAACCUGCCCCUACUGGUGGGGACGAGGAUCCCUCCCAACCAGACUCACCUCGACUGAUGAGGUCCAACCCCAUUUUAUACUACAUGCUCCAGAAGGGCAACGCAGACUUGUUGAAGGAGCGUGAACGGAGUCGGACAGCAUGUCAGGUGCAAUUGAAGGUAAAAGAGGAACAAUCUGCUGAUAUGAAGGACUUUGAGCACACCCUGAACCCAAGACACACGGGAGAGGAUCAGAGUGAGACUCAAAGUGAGACUCCGAUGCUCAACGGCUCAUUGAAGAAAUGCCAGUGAUCGAAUCAACAGUCAUGUCAAUCUGUGGAUGUAUAUUGACUAGACAAGACAUUUCUUUGUGUCUGUUUGGCUUUCCUCCCCUUUUUAAUCUAAUUAUUUCUAAUACAGGAAACAAUUCCCAGACAAUAGCAAAACAUUGCUUUUGCUUUGCUUGUUGUUUACAUGUAUAAUUUAAAAGUGUUUCACAGAAGAAACAACCAUCUCCAUUCAUCUAUGACUGAGCUCCAUCCACUUGAUGAUCUCUUGGUUUUGUUCUUGUGUUAUAUAUACAUACUCAAAGCUGAUUGGAGCAUUUUAAGCUAUGUUACACUUUUUUUCUUUUUUUUACUUGCAGAAUACAUUUAAUAUUAUCCCUUUCUGUGGGAAGUGCAACCAAACAAUACUUUUAAAUAUUUGACAAUGUUUCACUAAAACUGAUACAAAAAAAAAAAAAUUGUUUAUAUUUGUGAGACUGUGUCUCAUUCUCAGAAACUAGCAUUUUUUUAUUUCAAAGAAUGACCAUUUGAAAUCUGCAGCUGAGGUUUGUAAUAUUACAGAUGCCCUCUUACUGAGCCAAAUGGGAAUCGAAUAUCAGUUUCAUUUAGUCAGGGAUGGUGCAAUGCUGAUGGGUAAGUGUUCUAAUGCUGUGACAUAUUGUUUCCACAUUUCAUGGUACGUGAUGUGGGCUGAGUACACUUUGUAUUUUUUUUCUUAAGCCUCUUUAAUUUAUUCAUUUAGUCAACUGUUUGGUGAACUGCUUGAUGUAAGUUGUUGUAGCAUUUGAACUGUG